UAGAGAAAAACAAAAUAGCCAAAGAAAGCUUGCUAGAGAAGAUGGCUUACUAGAGAAGAUUCGAAAACUAUAUAACUAUUCAGUGACACUCACGGCGCUGCUCAACUCAACCAUGGCGGCAGCACCAGACUGGUCUCAACUGCCGGCGGAGCUCCUCCAUCUAAUUUUAGAAUGCCUCGACGACACCCCACUCGACCGCCUCCGCUUCCGAUCCGUCUGCUCCACAUGGCGCUCUUCCAUUUCCCCCUUCAUCCCCAUCCACCAAUUCCCCUUCAAUUUCCCACCCAUCCCUGCCGCUUCCCUCUCCGCACGCAGCAUCUUCCUCAUCAAACCACCACCACACCUACAAACCCAAACACCAUGGUUGGUCAAAAUCGGCCAAGACGAAUGUGGCCGGAACCGCCUCUGGCACCCUCUCUUUCGUGACCGGUCCAUUUCUACCUCCUCCCCUGGCGUGCUCGACCUCACCAACCUCCUCGUCUCCGACCUUGGAAACGAGUUCGUCGUCGCCCACCCCUCUACCAAGGGAAAGGUGGUGGCGGCUGCGGCUGCCACAUUGCAGGGUUCCAUGCUGCUCACGAUUCAUGAAUCCGAGAAGCUGGCCGUCUUCGGCUAUGGUGACGGUGACGACGAGCGCUGGACAAUCAUGCCGGCGCCGGACAUGUCCACGAACUACCAUGAUGUAUCCGCCUUUAACGGCAGGCUCUACGCGGUGGAAAGCGGUGGUCGGACGGUCGUGGUUGGGCCGGACUCAGUCCUGGAGGAGGAGCCGUUUGCUGAACACUAUGGGCCCAACACCGGCUGCUGCUAUAACGAGAAGUUCUUGGUGGAGAGCGAGGGCGAGCUCUUACUGGUGGAAAAACACGGGGGUUUUUGCGAAGAUAUCAAGUACAAGUACGAAGGUGAUAAUGAUAUUGAUGAGUAUAAAGAGGGGAUGUUUAGAGUGUUUAGGUUUGGAGAGAAUGAAGAGGAUGAAGAAGAGAAUGAGAGUUGGGUGCAUGUGAGGAAUGUAAGAGACCGGGUUCUGUUCAUAGGGGAUGAUUGUGCCUUUUCUGUUUCUGCUUCGGAUUUGGGUGUUGAUGAAGGAAACUAUGUUGUGUUUAGAGAUGAUGACCUGAAAUCUGGUAUUGGUGUUUUUCCCUUGGAUGAUGUAGGUUGGUAUGGAGAUGGGAUUUUGCAUCUGUUGGAUUAUCCCGGUUUUUCCAGCUUGUUCCGGCCACCCCCGGAUUGGGCAAUGUUGCAUUGACAGACAAGAGAGUAUGUAUGUAUGCAGUAUGUUACAUCAAAUGGUUUCUAAUUUGAAGCUGUGUAGUUUUUCUGCAAAUGUCUCCAUUUACUGCUUUGCUCUUUUUUACAUCUUUAGUUCAACUAAAAAAAUGAUGUUACUUCAUUCAGAAUUUGGAAAUCUACUUAGGUUUCAUACUGUCAAGUGUCAACCACUUUGGAUGAGUUUUCUGGAUGCCGAGUAUGUUAUGCAUUCUUGGAAAUGGCAAUUGUUGUUUGCUAUUGUGCAUUACUUUCUAGUCAUAUGGGUACAACUACAAGUACAGUCUUUUAUAUUAAUAUUGCUGUUUUCUUUUUCUUCA